AUGUCCCCACGUCCCCCAGAGCUGCUCACACAGAGUGUGCUGACAUCGCACCGUGAGACGUCCCAGCUGCAUGUCGAGGAGCUGCAGCUGCGCCGCGGGGAAACCUUCAGCCGUGAGGAGGUCUGUGCCUUCCAGAAAAAGCCGCCGGAGGAGAUGUGGCAGCGCUGCGCCUGCCGGCUCACCGAGGCCAUCCAGCGCGUGGUGGAGUUUGCCAAGCGGCUGCGCGGCUUCAUGGAGCUCAGCCAGAAUGACCAGAUCGUCCUCCUCAAGGCGGGCGCCAUGGAGGUGGUGCUGGUGUGGAUGUGCCGGGCCUUCAACCCCGACAACCGGACCGUCUUCUUCGAGGGCAAGUACGCUGGCGCUGAGCUCUUCAGGUCGCUGGGCUGCCCCGAGCUCAUCGGUUCCAUCUUCGACUUUGCACAGAACCUCUGUGCUCUGCGCUUCUCAGAGGGGGAGGUGGCCCUUUUCAGCGCCAUCGUCCUCAUCAAUGCUACCCGCCCGUGGCUGCAGGACCCAGGGAAGGUGGCCCGGCUGCAGGGACGCCUGGAGGUGGCUUUCCGGCUGCUGCUGCGCAGAACACAGCGUGAGGGGCUGCUGGCCAGGGUGGGUACACGGGGCGAGGUGUCCCGGGGGGGGCGACUUACGGAGUGCCCCACGCAGCUGCAGCAGGAGACGGGGGCCCGCAUCGAGCUGGAGGGGGAAGGUGACAGUGAGGAGAGGCUGCUGCUGAUCUGGGGUUCCCCCAGCCAAGUGUGCAGAGCCAAAGCUGCCGUGCACCAGAUUGUGGCGGAGAGCAUGCCGGUGUCGGAGCAGCUCCACGUGCCGCAGAGAGCUGUCGGGAGGAUCAUCGGCCACGGCGGUGAGACGGUGCGCAGCAUCUGCCGCAGCUCCGGAGCCCAGGUGCAGUGCCAGCACCAGGCCGAGGCCAUGCUGGCUCCGACGCGGCUCAUCCAGAUCUCAGGGACGCAGCGGGAGGUGGAUGCAGCCAAGAAACUCAUCAUGGAGAAGCUGGUGGAGGACACAGCGUUCCGCCAGGAGCUGGCUCAGACCAUGGUGCUGCGGAGUCACCGCAGGGAGCUCCUGGGCAGCCUCAGGGAACCGUUGCUGCAGCCCAAUGGGGAGCAUGGUGCUGGGAAUGGGGGCUCUCUGCCAGGGGGGGCGGCCAUGGAGGAGCUGCAGGAUGGGAGUGAGGCAGCGGAAAAUCUGGCAGUGGUGCCAAAAUUUGAAGUCCCCAGCCCCGAUUUUAGCUUCCACGCAGAUGAGCACCUGGAGGUCUAUGUCUCAGCUGCCGAAAGCCCCAACCAUUUCUGGAUCCAGAUCAUUGGCGAGCGCAGCCUGCAGCUGGACAAGCUGAUCUCUGAGAUGACGCAGCACUACGAGGGGAGCAACUGCGUGGCAGAGCUGGCAGCCGUUCAGGCAGGGGACAUCGUGGCCGCUCCAUAUGCAGACAGCAGCAAUUGGUACCGGGCCCAAGUGCUGGGCAUGCUGGAAAAUGGCAACUUGGACCUCUACUAUGUGGAUUUUGGGGACAACGGGGAGGUGCCCCGAGAGGCUCUGCGAGUGCUGCGGAGCGAUUUCCUGAGCCUGCCCUUCCAGGCCAUCGAGUGUAGCCUGGCUGGGAUCGUGCCUGUGGGGGAGCAGUGGGAUGAGGCAGCGCUGGACGCUUUUGAGCGCCUCACCUGCUGCGCCCAAUGGAAGCCACUGGUGGCCAAAAUCUCCAGCUACACCCAGGCCGGGCUGUGCACGUGGCCACGCAUCAUGCUGUUUGACGUCCACCAUGGCGAGAGCCUUGACAUCGGGGCUGAGCUGGUGCGGCUGGGCCAUGCUGCCCUGCAACCCCACGAGGAGGAGGAGGCAGGGGGUGAAUUCCCGCUGCCAGUGACAGAGGCUGCAGUGGAGUCACCGGAGGACAUGGUGUGCACCUCCCCCGAGAGCCUCCUGUCUGAGCUGCCACCGAGCCCCAGCGCCACACCACUGACCCUCUCCUGCGUCAGCCUGCUGGAUGAGACCCCUGACCGGCUCUGGGGCAGUGCAGAGCCCCCAGCCCAGGGGCUGCUGCUUGGCCCUUCCACUUCCUCACAGCCUCAGAGGGACGACAGCGAGGCCCAGCCCAGCCCCGGCUCCUGGUGCCCCACAGUCCUUGGGGGCCCUGGAACCCACCACACCGUGACACCUGAAGCGCCGCAUCCGAUCGCCUGGAGUGGAGCCCUUUCUGCCAGCAGCCACCCAUCCUUCUCCCAUGGGAACUCUGAUUCUGUCUUCAGCACCGACAACACGCACUACACCAACUUCUGUGUCUUCUCCAGUAGUGCCCAGCCUGGGCCCAGCCCCUUCUCCGGCCCCAUCCCCAUCAGCUCUGGAGGUGAGGAGGAGGAGGGCAGAACCCCACAAGGUGAUGCCUCGGUGACCGGCAGCAGUGACAGUGCGAUGCCAGAGUGGAGCUCCCUGUGAUGCCCUGACCUCGUGUUGGAUGCAUUUUGAGAAGCUAAGUGCCUGCCCCGUGUCACAGCACUCCCUGCAUCAUCAGCGCUGGUUUCACCACCGGUUUCAUCUCCACACCGACUCUGGUUUCCAGCUGCCCUCUGUAACCACUGGAGGAGACAAAGCCGGCCCUGGUGUCCCCAGAUCUCACCAGGAAUGCCUUGGCCCCUCUCUGGAGACCGUGCGGGCACUGCUGUGUUCAUAGGGCCACUCCGUGCCUCGUUUCUGAUGUUUCCCGUUGGGUCGGUGAUGCUGUGGUCACCGUGGGGGCACCUUUCACAUUGUUCUCUCUGCACCGUUGCGGUUCGGUUCUUGUUUUCGCCCCGCUGAGGGGAAGAGCUGUUUGGUUUCCUGGUUGAAUAAAGCCCAGAGGGCACAGGA